AUGUCCAUCAUGACUCUCAACUGCAGAGGCCUGAAUAUACCGGAAUGCCGCUCCCACCUGCUGAGGGUAUUACGACGAAAACGCGUAUCGAUAGCAAUGCUGCAGGAGACCCACUUUAAGGAGGGAGCGGCUCCCAAACUCCGAAGCACCUACCACCCCAUUGGCUACUGCAACAACCACCCGGAGGCACGCCGAGCAGGAGUUGCAAUACUAAUGGCGGCCGACUUAGGGUUCCAAGAAUUGGACAAAAUGACCGAUGAGCAAGGACGUUUCCUCUUCAUUAAAGGGGUGAUAGCUGAGAGGGUUUACACAUUUGCAACCAUAUACGUACCCAACUCAAAACAAGCACAAUUUCUCAGGGGGACACUGAAAAAACUACACAACUUCUCGGAGGGAGCACUGAUUUUAGGGGGUGACUUUAACGCCCCUCUAGACCCGCUUAUGGACUCAUCCACCGGCCACAGCAGCCUUUCACAGGCUCACAUUAGAUCCAUUCGCAAAUCACUGGGGGAGUUGACACUGGUCGACUGCUGGAGGGCGAUCCACCCCACCAACAAGGACUAUACACACUAUUCGGCAGUACAUAACCGCUACUCCCGAAUAGACUACUUGAUGAUCCGACAAGAAGGACUCUCCCGCAUACGAUCCACCGCCAUUGAACCGGCCACGGCUCGGUCCAGAUGGACUUGGAAUCCCCGCUAUUUAAACCGGCAACCUGGACAUGGCGACUGA